AUGGACCUUGAAUGGCAUGAGAAAUAUGGUGAAAUCGUGCGCUUUGGGCCAAAUUCCCUCUCCUUCAACUCCUCCAAGGCUGUGAGCGACAUUUAUGCAGUCAGGGCCAAUGUCCAGAAGUCAGAAGGUUACGCAUCAAUGAGCCCAAGUCGAUAUACCCCCAAUACCCUCACCGCGAUUUCUAGGAACAUCCACACCUUCAAGCGUCGCAUAUUGGCGCAGGCAUUUUCAGACCAGAGUAUCAAAGAUAUGGAGGACAGAAUCCAAGAAAAGAUAUCCAGCUUUGUCGACAACCUUCUUACGGAUACCAAUUCUGAAUCUGGGUGGAGCUCUCCUAAGAAUAUCUCGCAAAUGUGCGACUGGCUAGCUUUUGACAUAAUCACUGAUCUGAGUUACGGCAAUGAUCUUGACAUGUUGAACUCAACUGAAAUGCGCUGGUUCCCUUCCGUGAUUCGGAAAAUAUCCCAACGGAGCCUAAUAGGACUCUUUCAACCUUAUUUCAUAAAGUUUAAGCUGGAUUGUCUGCUUUUAAGGCAAAAGUACAAGGAGAUUUUGGCUGCGGCGAGGUGGACACGCUCCCAGUCAGCUGCACGAAUGGAGGUUGGCAACAAUAGUGAACAGAAAGACAUCUUCAACGCAAUGCUGAAUGCAAGAGAUAAGAAGACUGGAUUGCAGUUUACUCGAAAAGACUUAGGUCUUGAGUCGAUGCUCUUGCUCGUCGCAGGUUCCGAUACAACCGCUACUGCUCUUUCUGCUACAAUAAAUUACAUCAUUCAUGAUUCAAAUAUCUUGGCGCAUCUGACAAGAGUUAUCCGAAUGACGUUCCCUGCGGAGUCCUCAAUAACAGCAUCUUCUGUCCUUGCAUCUCCGGACUGCUCUGUCUUGCGAGCUUGCAUCAAUGAAGCAAUGAGACUUACGCCCCCUGCACCUAAUUUGCUCCCGCGAACAGUCCUCUCCGGUGGCAUGGAAGUCGACGGCAUUUAUGUACCUGCAGGAACAACUGUCGGUGUAGCUGCCUAUACCGUGCACCGUAACGAAACAUACUUCCACGAUGCAGAUAGAUUCGAGCCUGGAAGGUGGCUUGAUGGCAAUGAGAUGAGCCAACAGAAGAUGCAAAUGGCAUUUGUUCCAUUCAGUGUUGGACCAAGGAAGUGUGUUGCUUGGAGACUAGCCUGGACAGAAGUAAAUCUAGCAAUAGCAAGGGUGUUGUGGAGAUAUGACCUGCGUCUUGCAAGAAACAAGCGUUGUUGCAAGGAAGAUACCAGUUGUGAGUAUGACUUCAAGGCUGGAGUAACUACUGCUGUUGAUGGGCCAGUGAUUGAAUUGAGACCUAGAAUAGCAUGA